UUGUUUUGGUCUUCAUUCAUUAGUCAGUGCUGCAGUAAGCUGCAUGCAUAGCGGAAUCGAAAGAAAAAAAUUCCCGGAGAAAAAAUAAACCGGCCAGGAGAAAAAACAUUAGCAACUGCAUUAUAUUUGUCCCGAAACCGAAUCUGCAUUGCAUCAUUUCAUCUCCGGAAGGUCGGUCGUCCAAUGGUUUAAUUACUGGAAACCCGACGGCAUAUUAAUAUUAUUGAACAAACAAACGCGAUGGACUUUCUGCUGCUCCUGGGCGUGGUGGUGGCCAUUUAUGGAGUCCUGUGGUUUUUUGACAACUUUUUCAAGAGUUGCAUGCACUACCCAUAUGAAGCAUUUCUGAAAGGAACCGGCUUGUCAGUCAAACCUUUUCGGUUACAAUGGCACACAACGGCGCUGAACAGAUCCAUCGUCAAGUGGAGUACGGCUUACCCAAAACUGUUAGAGCUGAGUUUCAGCUUGGGAGUUUAUCUCUCGAUUCUACUCAUGCCGCUGGCAUCGCUUCUGAUCGUGGUGUCAGCAUUCCACACUAAAGGUUCCGGGCGUGCAACUGCGGAUGCAUCAUCAGGAGCUGCUGCUGUGGCAGAAUCGGUUUCGUUGGACUUGCUGAUCCCGGGAGUUAACCUUCCGCUAAACGAAAUUGGAUACUACAUAGCAGCUUUGGGUAUCAACAGUAUCAUCCACGAGUUUGGCCACGGAUUGGCAGCGGUGCUGGAGGAUGUCCCGGUUAAGGGCUUCGGCAUUCACGUGAUGUUGAUCAUUCCGAUGGCCUACACGCAGCUUGAUUCGGACCAGUUGAAUGCGCUGAAGAUGUGGAAGCGACUGAAGGUUCUAUGCGCUGGGAUUUGGCAUAAUUUGCUGAUGGGGGCGUUUGCAUAUUUGCUGUUCGUCACGACUCCGGUAAUGCUGUCGGCGAUUUACCGGGUAAAUGAAUCGGUGAUUGUGACCCAUAUUAAGAACAACUCACCGCUCUUGGGUGCACGAGGACUGGAAGAAGGGGACAUUAUAACCGCAAUCAACAGCUGCGAAGUUCGCAACGAUAUAGCAUGGUACGAUUGUCUCCUGGAGUCCCUCCAUUUGCAGCCAUCGUACUGUAUCUCGCCGGACUUUGUCCACCUGAACGACGAAUCGGUCCCCAUUUCGCACAAGAACGACGGCCUAAUCGAGUGCUGCAACGUGGAAAACAAAGCCUCCAACUGCUUCGAGUACCAGGUCGACGUGAACGAAGAGGACGUUGCCCUCCCGCAGCACAUGUGUCUCAACAUACGGAAAGUGGUGGAGAACUCGUUUGCCUAUUGCCACCAGAAGCCCGUCUGCUCCGAAGGGCACUGCUUCAAACCGAUGAUCAACAAUUUCACGACAAUACUGCAAAUCCGGAGGGACCGCAAACCGGACGUCAUCUACAUCGGCCACCCAGCGGACCUGACCCGCACCAUCCGAAUCUCACAGUUCGUCCCGAAGACGUCCUUCUUCCGGCCCGGAUUCGCCGAUGACAUUCAACUUUUGCUCAAGUACGUGACGGUGUUCUCCCUGGGGCUAGCAGUCAUAAACGUGAUUCCUUGCUUCGGAUUCGAUGGGCAGCAAAUUGUGAGUACGUUGCUGUCGAACGGAUUGAUUGUCAGCCGAGUACCGCAGAAGAGCAAACGGGACGUGAUUGCUCUGUGCAUCAACAUCGUUGGGACGCUGUUCGUGUUCAUUUUGCUGACCAAGGUCUUCUGGCAGAUGCUGUUCAGGGCGCUAUGGCAGUAAAAUUGAAUCGGGUCGAAGGAAAUUAAGAUUAUAUCUGAAAUUUGUACAACUGACAGUGGCUCUACGUUGACGUAGAACCACACUUCUAGGGCGUUAAUAUAAGACAUAAUGAGCUGUAGUCAAUAGUAUUUAAGAAGAUUUGUGAGUAUGGUAAUCACGAAACGGCGAUGAUAGCAAUAGUUGUUAUGAAUAGUUCAUAGGGAUACCGUAGUAGUGUGUGUAUGUAUACUGAGCAACGAUGUGCAACUUUGAUUGUAGUACUACUUGUACCGAGUAUUGAAAAAAGUGUAGCUAAAAACAAUCACUCUUUUAAAAUAUCAUA